CUGGGCAGUAAAACAGAAGGAUGACUUUUAUUUUGAAACCGGAAGCUGAGGACUGCAGCGGGCUACAGCAAAUAUGGCAGCGGCCAAACGUGUUCUGUAUGUCGGUGGCCUGGCAGAGGAAGCGGAUGAGAAAGUUCUGCAUGCAGCGUUCAUCCCCUUCGGUGACAUAACAGACAUUCAGAUCCCUUUAGAUUAUGAAACCGAGAAACAUCGUGGAUUUGCCUUCAUUGAGUUUGAGUUGGCAGAGGAUGCUGCAGCUGCCAUCGAUAACAUGAAUGAGUCUGAGCUGUUUGGCAGAACAAUCAGAGUGAAUAUUGCCAAACCCAUGAGGAUUAAAGAAGGCUCCUCUCGACCGGUGUGGUCUGAUGACGAUUGGCUGAAGAAGUUCUCAGGGAAGACCACAGAAGAGUCGGAGGAGGCGGAGUCAGCAGCACAAGAGAGCAAUACAGCCACACAGGAGGGAGAGCCGCCAGCUAAGAAGGGCAGGGCGAACCCGCAGGUCUACAUGGACAUAAAAAUUGGCAACAAACCUGCAGGCAGACUGCGCUUCCUGCUGCGAGCGGACGUGGUGCCCAUGACUGCAGAGAACUUCCGGUGUCUGUGUACCCACGAGAAGGGCUUUGGGUUUAAAGGCAGCAGCUUCCACAGGGUCAUCCCCCAGUUCAUGUGCCAGGGAGGAGACUUCACCAACCACAACGGCACCGGCGGCAAGUCCAUCUACGGACGCAAAUUUGAUGAUGAGAAUUUUGUGCUAAAACAUACUGGCCCAGGUCAGCUGUCGAUGGCUAACUCUGGGACGAACACUAAUGGCUCACAGUUCUUCAUCACCUGUGAUAAAACAGACUGGCUGGAUGGGAAGCAUGUGGUGUUUGGAGAACUGAUGGAGGGCAUGGAUGUAGUGCGGGCCAUGGAGGCUCAGGGAACAAAAGACGGCAAACCCAAACAGAAAGUCAUCAUAUCAGACUGCGGGGAGUAUGUGUGAUUGUUGUGUGUGUGUAAUGUGUGUGUGGCUCACCUGUUAUGUAGAUUAAUUUCUUUUGUAUGACUGUUCUGUAAAUAUCUAAUAAACAUUUUAUAAAGAA